CGUAACAACCAUCCAAACAAGCUAUUAAAGACAAAUAAAUUUAUCACCCCCCCUAUUCUAGGUUUAAAAAAAAGGCAGUACGGUGCACAAAGCGUCCCGCAUUCACGUAGGGUCCGAGGAAAGACCGCAUCCCAAGGGAUAUAAUGUGAUAGCCUACCCUAAUACAAGCAUUAGUGGCUAAUUUCAUGGCUCGGACCCCUGAGGCCCUGACCUAUUCUAGGUAGAACUAUUAUAAAAUGAAUGCACAAAUAGUUAGAAGUUGGUACACAACUUGAGCAAAUUUAAAGUUUUUUUAACUACAAACACAUGAAUAAGGUGAUCAGAGAGCCUCCUUAUCUUCAUUUAAGCCCAUAGGUUUCACUUUAUGAGAUAAAGCAUAUAAGGUAAACAAAGUCAUGUGAAUUAGGCCUAAAACCAAAAUGACCAAUUCUCAGAUCAAGGCAAAACACCAACCUCAUACCAUAACUUUCUCUCAUAUCAUGCAAAAAUCUGAGUAUAAAGCCAAUGGCUUAGGAUUUACAGUUGUUGAGAAGAUGGCUGCGAAUAAUCCUCUCGUUGAGAUAGGUAGCAGAGGAACCGUUGGAUCCCUCGUGUUACAAGAAAUUGAGUACUUCAGCAGGCUGCAACUAAACCAUCACAACAGCACGCAGAAGCCGCGUCAAGUUUCAGAACUGGCUUCUACUAACAGUCACUCUAGGCCAAAGCUUGGAUCGUUGGUUACGAAUCCCAAAAAGAAAAGACGGCGUUGUAAGCUGAUGCCGAGCAUGUGUUCAAUGGUAGAAGUUGCAGAAUGUAAUCCACCAACUGUAAUUUCAAGAUUCACUUACAGGAAUCUAAAGGCUGAUAUUUGAAGCUUUGCGUAAUUAGACCGCGUUCUCAGAUAGUUUUGUGAAACCAAGCUUCUUCAGGCUAUUUUUUAUAGGAUUUGCCCAAGUUCUGUCCAUACUUCUGCAUUUUAUGUCCACAAUUUCUACCAUGUAAGGUCCCUUUCUGUCUGUUUUCUGGCUAAUAGGAGUUCCAUCAACUGAAGUAUUUUCUGAUUCUA